AGCGGGAGUCAGGGAGCGCUGUCGGUCGGGGUUUGUUUGCUUAUUUUUAAGGAUAUAGUUGGCCCUACAUAAACCUGUAAGCAAAACUAGAUAUAUGAACAUUACCACAUCUAUUACAUUGUCAUUAUUGGUAUUUGCCAUUCUUGAGUGCUUGUUUGAGGUGCGAGUCCUGGUGCUUAGACCUCGGUCCAGCAUAUAGCGCACCAUUCCGUGUUUUUGACCGCUCUGGCAAGCUUAAAGGAACGGCUAGAAAAAUAAACAGGUCGAAUGCAGAAAAGAUCCGUUGCCGGUCGGAUGGGGGGAACGAGACAAGGAGAAACUGGUCGCUUGCAUGCAUCCGGUGGAGUAUAGAUUGUUUAUCAGUUAAUUUCGCAAAACAAUUUCUCGAUUUCGCUUGCGCUUUGAAGGUUGUAAUGCGGACAAGGAAGCCGCCGCGCUCGAAUAUGUUACGACUGUCUAGUGUUCCGUUUUUGCUUUCAGGCUGCUUAGUUGGUCCGUUGUGGUUCUGCUAUUUUUACGUUACCGAUUGUUUGUGUUAAUUCGAGCCAUUGAGUCGGUGCGAAAUAAGCGGUUUAACAUUUAAAACAGUGAAGGAAGGGGGUCGGUUGCUGUGUCUAUAUCGCUAUGCAUACGAGGCGCCUGGUGAAGCGCUCCAUCAUUGGCAGCCGUGUCUAUGCGCCCUGUCCAGCGGGGGACGCGGCGCCUCUGACGGGGGUGGUCCAGGCGGUGAAGCAGGAGAACAGAGAAGCGGUCGGUGGAGGUGGUGGCGGCGGCGGGGGAGCCCGGCGUAACGUUUACACGGUCCUCAUGCAGGACGGGAGCCUCAAGGAGUACACCGAGGACGAGCUGGCGAUGGGCACGAGUCAGAUGGCUGCGAAAGGACCGCUCAAGUCGAGUUUGAAGAGCUCUUGUAACGGACGGGAUGGUCUAGGCCACCACCAGAACGGUGGAGGAGGUGGUGGAGGGGGAGCCCAGAAGAGCGAGAGCCUGAGCCCUGAUGCGGAUGCUGGGGAGGAGCAGAGGAGGCCUCCCCCUGGGCGUCUGCCUGGAGCUGGAGGAGGAGGAGGAGGAGGAGAGGCGGGGGACAUGACCCGUUCUGUGUCACUGCUGGAGCAGAAACGCAAGGAAGUGUCCUGCAGUAUCGACGUGCCCCAUGCCAGGAGGUCUGAGGAGGAGGUGGACAUGGAUAAGGUGACUGCCGCCAUGGUGCUCACCAGCCUCUCCACCAGCCCCCUCGUCAGGAGCCCACCUGUCAGGACCAGCGACGGUCUAAACGGCUCCUGGAAGGACGGCUCGAGCUACAGCAGCGGUAGCAGCGGCGGCUACUGGAGUUGGAGCGCCCCCAGCGACCAAUCGAAUCCCUCCACGCCCUCCCCGCCCCUCUCGGCCGACGCCCUCAAGCCCUUCCGCAUGCCCAGCCUGGGGCCUGCGCCCGACGACACCCUCGAUGACCACGACAGCAGCAGCCUGCUCUUCGACGAGCCAAUCCCACGCAAGCGCAAGAACUCCAUGAAGGUGAUGUUCAAGUGCCUGUGGAAGAACUGUGGGAAAGUGCUGAGCACAGCAGCCGGCAUCCAGAGACACAUACGCACCAUACACCUCGGGCGUAACUGUGACUCGGAGUGCAGUGACGGAGAGGAGGAUUUUUACUACACGGAGAUCAAGCUCAACACAGACUCAGUGGCCGAUGGUCUGGGGGGGUUGUCUCCCGCCUGUGGACCCCCCCAAUCUGCCACCCUGAGCCCGCUCUCAGGAGGGUGCACUCUCUCGGACCAACGGCGGGCUGACCCCAACCUCUCCUCCUCCGUCUCUUCCUCCACCACCGCCAGCACUACAGGGGUCAAAGGUGAAUCUGGUGGCCAUGGGAACAGCAAUAGCACUCCUCUCAGCCGUUCGGCACCCAGCACUCUGUACCUGGUGCACACGGACCAUGCCUACCAGGCUACUGCGCCGAUGAGCAUCCCCUCAUCCAACAGCUUCAACCCCACGUCCAGCGCCAGCAUCAGCAUCUCCUGGCAGUCACCACCCGUCACAUUUACUGGCAGAUCAGCCUCUCCACCGCACACACACACACGUUCGCAGGGAUUUGGAGAACAGCAACGCUCACACACCAUCGCCACCCUAUCCUCUCCUCCCCGAGCCACCAGCUCACUCAGUAGGAAGUCCCGUGGCGAGGGGAAGAAGUGUCGUAAGGUGUACGGCAUGGAGAAUCGAGACAUGUGGUGCACCGCCUGCCGCUGGAAAAAGGCAUGCCAACGCUUCCUCGACUGAUAACACACACACACACACACACACACACAUACACACACACACACACACGCACACAUACACACACACACACACACACACACACACACACACACACACACACACACACACACACACACACACACACACACAUCUUUGGCCUGCCGCUGGGAGAAGGAAGCCCAAUCCUGGAAUUGAUGCUGAUUGAUCCCGCCUCCUCAGCCUCUCCUCUCUUGUUACCACGGAGACCAGCUUUGAGUGGCGGAUGGAUGAACUGGCGAUCCUGGCAGGUGCUUCCUCCUGCAUACACAAUAUCACCGUCCUCCCUUCGUGCACACACACACACACACGCGCACACGCACACACACACACACACACACACACACACACACACACACACACACACACACACACACACACACACACACACACACACAAACACACACAUACACACACAAGGACGUAAUUCGUCCAUCUUCCUUUCUUCCAGCCCUUACUUGUUGGGAUUUUGGUCCUCAGCUUCAACCCUCUACCUACAUGCAUACACUAUAAUACACAACCACACACACACAUCCUGCAGCUAUAGUCCUAUUGAGAACUGACCAAACACAGACACUGACACACACUUACACAUGUGCACACACAAACAGGAUAAAGCAUACGACAAUACACACACACAC